ACAUCGCCUUUGAAAAAGAAAUUCAAACUGUCUUUCAAAUAAGCAAAUAAAUAUUCUUUUUAAAUAUUACUAUUAUGAAAAUAGCAAUUGUUGGAGCUGGCGUCAUUGGGACCACAACAGCAUUACGGUUGCAAGAACAAUUUGGACAUAAAGUAUUAAUAACCAUUUUCUCAGAACAGUUUUCACCACAUACAACAGGUGAUGUGUCGGCGGGACUAUGGGGGCCAUACAUUCUCGGUGAUACUCCACAGGAAAAGAUUUUGAAAUGGUCAAAAGACACACACGAUUACUUUCAUAAAUUAUGGAAAGAUGGAUGUGCAGCUGAAACUGGAGUCUCGUUGAUACCAGCGAUGAGAGUCACAACUGAAUCAGAAGCGUAUGACGUUUUAUGGAAAGAUGUCGUUUUCGGAUGCAUUAAUAUGGAUGAGAAAAUGCUUAAACGCUUGAGCAAUGAACAUAAACGCAAUUAUAAGCAUGGAAUUCAAUUUAAUACUUUCAUAUGCGAACCAUCAUAUUUGCUUCCGUAUUUGUAUAAACUAAUAACCAAAGCUGGCGGUCGCUUUGAACGAAAACGCGUUGAAUCGUUUGAUGAGCUACAAUCGUUUGAUUUGGUGAUAAAUUGUACAGGGCUUGGGGCCAAAGUGCUAGUCAAAGAUGAUGCAAAACUGAUGCCCAUACGCGGGCAAGUCUCUCGCGUUAAGGCUCCUUGGAUCCUCCACGUCACUAUAGAUGACUCAGAUGAUGGCCGUUAUAUUAUACCCAACAUGCACACAAUUAUUUUGGGCGGAACACAUCAGGCAGAUGACUAUAAUAGAAAAGUGAGUGCCACCGACAGACAAUUUAUUUAUGACGGUUGCGUUCAAUUGAACGCAUCAAUAAAACGUGCCGAAAUCGUUAAGGAAAUGGUCGGAUUGCGACCAGGCCGAAGCCAAGUGCGAUUGGAACGAGAUACAUUCACCACCAAUAGUGGUAAACAGCUGCAAAUAAUUCAUAACUAUGGACAUGGAGGUAGCGGUGUAACUUUAUCUUAUGGCUGUGCGAUUGAAGUUGGUGACAUUGUCACUGAAAUUAUGACAGAUAGCAUAAACAAAGUGAAAAGCAAGUUGUGAAACACAAAAAGACAACAUCAUCAUUAAUAUUAUAAACGUAUACGUAUUUUGGACAAGGAACAUACGGAAUUUCUCAAGAAAAGUAUUUAGUUUCAGUGUUUGGCAAAAAUAUCUCUCCUACUAUCUAGAUAAAUAGUAGGUAGACAGGGAAUUUCAGAUCAAGUAUCUAGAUGAAUAUUAGAUAAAACUAUCUUUUUUAUAUAAAAGAUAAGAUACUUUUGAGAUAUCUUACAAGAUAUCUGUAGAUAAAAUGAAGGAAAAUUUGAUUGUUUUCAAAUUUGAGCAAUUGUUAAAAAAUAUUUCAGUAGCUAUUAUCAUUUAAAGAGAUUUUUUUUCGAAAUAAUUUUAAAUAGUUUUGUUGUGUUUAUUACAUCCCCCCGACAUGAAAAAAGUGACAUGGUGGCGCCAUGUACCUGUAAUAUGGUGGUGAAAGAACAAACUUUGCAUGUGCGACCACACAACGUAUUUGCGACCACACUGUGAUAGACGAUUUGUUUUUUCUUCUACUUUUUUUUGAACGAAAUAAAUUUUAAAUACAAAAAUGAUGAAAUCGCAAGGAAUUUUCUAAUUGUAAACAUUUUAUUUUUGAAAAUAGAUAAAUUUUAUGAUCACUCUUUGCGACCACGCACAUUUUGCAUUUGCGACCACAAAUUAUUUCAUCCAAGUUGAUAACAACUAACAUCAAUAAUGUGGUCGUACAUGCUCUUACAUGAAAAUUUGUUCUUUCACCACCAUGUUGUACAUGGCGCCACCAUGUCACUUUUUGCAAUACACUGUCAUGUCGCAGGGAUGGUUUAUUAUUACUAUUUAAAUUCACUUAAAUCAUCGAUUUUGAAUUUUUGGAGAAACAUUUGUCAUUCACAUGUUGCCUCAUAUAUGAGCAAUUUUGCAUUUGUGAACUGAAAACUAAAUUAGUUUCUUAAAGUAAUUUUGGACAUUUACAAAAUUGUAUGUUAAAUAAUAUGUGUGUAAUAUGCUUUGAGACUAAAUUGAGAUGUACGCCAUUUGAACAACAAACCAGACAAUAUAUUGAACUA